CAGGUUUAUUACAUCUUCUUUUCUCCUUGGACCAAGAGCACAUCCCCCAGCCACUUUUCAAACCCUAGAACACCUUAGUUGCACUCAGAGAAAUUUGACUGCUGCCAUGGCUACGCACAACCAUGAUAAUGGUGAAAAUGUCACCCAGGCUGAACUAGCCAACUUGUCAAAGAGUGCUACCAUCAGCGUUUCCUUCAACCAAACAGGCAGCGCUACAGGGCCACAGCGUUUUGAGGCCGUUGAGAAUUUCCGAGCCCAGCUUCUCCUCGUCUACAAACCUCCGACUGCCAUUGGGAUCCCCACUCAGCCGCAAUUCUCACCGAGUGCAUCCGAGCCUCAGAAAGCGGUGAUGACAGUUAGCUAUGACCCCAGCCUCACCGAUCUGACAUUCCUUCGAAGCACUGCCAACUUGGCCGCAGGCAAAGUUGAUUGGUAUGGUGCAAGCAAGCUUAUUUCGAUCUCAUAAUCAGUGGUCUCAUAACACAUAAGAGUGCAAACAGUUAGGUUAGUGUAGGAGGAUAAGAUUUUAAGGAGGAAUAAGUUAGUAGAAAUAGCUUUAAACUUAGGAAAUGAUUCUUUUAAAAGAAAAAUAUCUCUCCUUGCUCUGCCUUUUGACGCUUCAUCCCACCGAAUGCGGGUCAAGUUGAGAAC